AUGGGCAAGCCAAACGCCAUCCCUGAGCCUCCGGGCUGGCCUAUUUUGGGCAAUUUGCUAGACAUUGAUAUGGAACUGCCCCUUCAGUCGUUGUAUAACCUGGCGGACAAACAUGGCGAGAUCUAUCGAAUGCGCUUCCCAGGAGGCCAUACUUUCAUCAUCGCCAACAGCUAUGCAAUGGUGAAUGAGUUCUGUGAUGAGAGACGCUUCCCAAAGACCAUUUCAGCUCUGAGAGAAAUGCGACACGCCAUGCACGACGGCCUCUUCACGGCCAUCGAUGGACAAGUCGAGCCCAAGUGGGGCAUCGCCCACCGAAUCCUCGUGCCAGCAUUUGGCCCCUCGUCGCUGCGCAACAUGCUGGACGGGAUGUACGACAUCGCCAGCCAGCUCGCGAUGAAGUGGGCGCGCCACGGCGCGGACAGCCCCAUUACGGUGACCGAUGACUUCACGCGGCUCACUCUCGACACGAUUGCUCUCUGCUCGAUGGACUUCCGCUUCAACAGCUACUACAAGGAGGGGACGCACCCGUUCGUCGCCGCCAUGAGCGACUUCCUGACUGAGAGCGGCGACCGCGCGCGGCGACUGCCCAUCCCCGCCUUCUUCUACCGGGGCAAAGACAAGAAGUUCUUUCAGGAUAUCGAGGUGAUGCGUACAACGGCAGAUGAGAUCCUGCAGGAGCGCAAGCGGGAGAAGAACUUGGAUUCGCGCAAGGAUCUGCUGUCGGCCAUGCUGAACGGGGUGGAUCCCAAGACUGGGCAGAAGAUGACCGAGGAAAGUAUCCUGGAUAAUCUGAUCACAUUCCUCAUUGCGGGGCAUGAAACGACCUCGGGUAUGCUAUCGUUUGCCAUGUAUCACCUCCUGAAGCAUCCGGAGAUGUAUCGUAGGGCGCAGAAGGAGGUCGAGGAGAUUUGCGGGAAGACGCCGAUCCGGUUUGAACAUUUGUCCAAGCUUUCUUAUAUCUCUGCUGUCCUCCGCGAGACUCUCCGUCUCACGCCACCCCUCCCGGUCUUCAACGUGGCCGCCAAAGAGGACGAGAUCGUGGGCGGCAAGUAUCCUGUUCGCGCCGGGGAGUUGAUCAUCGUCCUCGUGGGGCGCUCCCAGCUCGACCCAAUGGUCUUCGGCGCCGACGUACACGAGUUCAAGCCCGAGCGCAUGCUCGAUGAGAAUUUCGACCGUCUCAACAAAGAGUUCCCCAAUGCCUGGAAGCCAUUUGGUAACGGCACACGAGGCUGCAUCGGCCGCCCGUUUGCCUGGCAAGAGGCCCUACUGGUGCUGGCCAUGCUGCUGCAGAACUUCGACUUUGAAUUCGACGACCCGGACUAUACUCUCGCGCUCAAGCAGACCCUCACCGUCAAACCGACCAAUUUCCAGAUCCGCGCGACUCUUCGUGACGGACUGACUGCCACGACGUUGGAGCAUCGACUGGCGGGCACAACACCUCCGCCGAAAUCGGACGCAGCGGGUGCAUUGAAUGGCGUGGCCUCGACCAGCACCGAAGGACAGCCCAUGAGCAUCUAUUACGGAUCGAAUAGUGGAACGUGUCAGUCCAUGGCGGAGCGGCUAGCUGCGGACGCCUUUUCGCAUGGGUUCCGUGCGCGUGUCGUGGAUUGUCUCGACAAUGCUGUCGACGGACUGCCGGCCGACGAGCCGGUGAUCUUCAUCACUGCCUCGUAUGAAGGCCAGCCACCCGACAACGCAGCUCACUUUGUCCACUGGCUUGAAGAGCUGAAAGAAGAGAAAGCCACACUGCAGGGCAUCUCAUACGCGGUCUUCGGAUGUGGCCACCACGACUGGGCGGCGACCUUCCACCGCAUCCCGCGCCUCGUCGACGCAGCCCUAACCCGCCACGGAGGGGAGCGCCUCGCCGCGCUGGGCCUCACUGACGUGGCGGCCGGCAACGAGAUGGCCGACUUCGAGGCCUGGGAAGACGAGGUGCUCUGGCCCGCCCUGACCAAACGAUACAGGGCUGCUGUUCCCCAAGGCCCCGCGCUGAGCGUGCAAGUCACCAGCCCGCGCAAGGCCACCCUCCACUACGACCUGCACGAGGCCAGCGUCGUCUCCACCAGCACGCUGACCAGCCCCGACGCUUUCGUCGCAAAGCACCAACUCAUCCUCGACCUGCCAGACCACAUGUCCUACACAGCAGGCGACUACCUCGCCAUCUUACCCGUCAACCCGCGCAAGUCCGUCCACCGCGUCCUGCGCCACUUCCACCUCCCCUGGGAUGCCCACUUGACCAUCUCCACCAAAGCACGCACUCCCCUGCCCCACGAUGUCUCCCUCCCCGCCACCCAUAUCUUUGGAAGCUACGUCGAACUCGCCCAGCCCGCCACCAAACGCGAUCUCCUGUCUCUGGCCAACGCAGCCAAGGACCCUUCCACAAAGACCCGGCUCGAAGCCCUCGCCAAUGACAACCACCGGUACAGCACCGAGAUCGCCGCGAAGCGUCUCUCCGUUCUGGACGUGCUCGAGUCCACGCCGGACAUUGCCCUUCCCAUUGCUUCGUUCCUGCGCAUGCUACCCCCCAUGCGCCUACGACAGUACAGCAUCGGGUCCUCUCCACUUGCAGAUCCGAAACGAGUAGUUCUCACUUACUCCCUCCAUGGAGAGGAAGGAAACGAGGGCGCAGCAACAAGCUACCUCUCGCACCUCUCCGUGGGCGAUAAAGUCCACGUCGCCGUCCGGGCCUCUCACGCUGCGUUUCAUCUCCCUGCUGAUAUCACUAAGACGCCAGUUAUUAUGGUAGCAGCGGGGACAGGCAUCGCCCCGUUCCGCGGGUUCAUUGAGGAGCGCGCGGUGCGGCACGCGGAGGGACAGGUGCUGGCGCCGGCGGUGCUGUACUUCGGGUGCAGGGAUCCGGGCCACGAUGAUUUGCAUCGGGGGGAGUUGGAUAAGUGGGAGAGGCAGGGGGUGGUGACCGUGUGGCGAGCAUUUAGUCGAAGGAGUGCGGAGAGUGAGGGAUGUCGCUAUGUGCAGGAGAGAGUGCGGACGGAUAGGGAGAGGGUGCGGGAGCUGUGGGAGGACGGGGCUAGAGUGUAUGUUUGUGGGAGUCGGGCUGUGGGGGAGGCUGUUAAGGAGGUGUUGGUGGAUGUGUUCUGGGAGGGGCAGAGAACUGAUGAGUUUGGGGAUAGGACUACGAGGGAGGAGGUGAGGGGGUGGUUCGACGGGUUGAAGAAUGUACGCUGGGCGGUGGAUGUUUUCGAUUAG